UGACAAGGGUUGUAUGCUUGUAAGUGGGAAAAUAUUCCUCUGCAGGCUACAACAUUUCUUUUACGGGGGUUGAAAAAUUGAAAUGUGCAAAGUUAGCAUGGCGUUCUACGCCACUUGUAAACUCAACUGAUUAGGAACUAAAACUGCAAUUAUAUCUCAAAAUCGGCACUUUGCAAUGCUUAGAUAUUUGAACUAAGGCAAUAGGGAGGUUUAGAAUGAAGACGAGAACGAGGACGAAGACAAAGUUCUAUCGCGAGGGAGUCUGGGAUCUAUAUGUCGUCGUCGCCACGGGAUCCCACUGUUUAGAUUACGAAACGAGGACAACCCCACAAAAAUAAACAAAAUGGCGUCUAAUGAGCUUUUUGAAGCAGCAGCUUACCUGUACAGUGAAGACCUCGUUGACGAAGAGGAGUUUAUGUUUCUUGUAAAAGAAAGCGAAGAUAAAGCACCAGUGUUUCCCUACUGGAAAUAUCCACGAUUUACGUUGGAAGAAAUGAACGAGGAUGAGUGCAUCUCAGAAUUUCGUUUCGAAAAGCAAGAUAUUCCGCGACUCGCGAAGGUUAUUAAAGUACCAGAAAAAAUAGUUUGUGUGAAUGGGACGGUUGCAAGCCAAACUGAGGGCCUCUGUUUAUUUUUGAAACGAUUUUCAUAUCCGUGCCGUCUUAGAGACAUGAUCUCACGCUUUGGAAGGUCCAAGUAUGAACUCUGCUUGAUAUCGAAUCAGAUAAUGCGUCACGUUGCAGAUUCAUUUCAGCAUUUACUUAUGACAUUUGAACAGCAGUGGCUGCAAACAGAGCAACUUGAAGGGUAUGCCAAUGCAGUAUUUCGACAAAGUCAAGCCUUGGAUAACUGCUGGGGUUUCAUCGACGGCACAGUCAGACCUAUUUGUAGACCGGUUGAGAACCAGAAAACUGUGUACAAUGGACACAAGCGAGUACACGCUUUAAAAUAUCAAGCUGUUGUUGCUGCUAAUGGGUUAAUUGCUAAUCUAUAUGGACCAGUUGAAGGAAAAAGACAUGAUGCAAGGUUGCUGAGGGAGUCUGGCAUUAUCCAGUUGCUUGAAAAUCAUUCAAACAGAUUAGAUGGGACACCAUUAUGCAUCUACGGAGACCCUGCAUACCCUCUCAGACCCCAUUUACAAGCUCCUUUCAAGAACAACCACUUAACAGAAGAACAACAGGCAUACAAUAAGGCAAUGAGUAAGGUUAGAGAUUCAGUUGAGUGGGUGUUUGGUGAAAUUCUGCAGUACUUUGCCUUUGUUGACUUCAAGAAGAAUCAAAAGAUUGCUCUCUCAGAAAUUGGGAAAAUGUAUAGAGCUUGUGCCCUCCUACACAAUGCAAGAACAUGUUUAUAUGGAUCAUCAGUGAGCAGAUUUAUGGACAUUGAACCACCAUCAUUAGAAACAUACUUUCAAUAUGAUCAGCAAAAUUAGAAAAAACAUUAAAGAAAAACAUGUGUUAAUGUAUUCUAAUAUACUCUAAACUCUAUUUCACAAGAGCUGGUAAAUUGAAGUUCAGGCUGGCUGUUUUAAAUUUUUCCAAAACUUUGAGGCUGGAUUGUUCUGAAAUUAUAUGGGUUUAAUCAGUUCAAUUGCUAAAUAUUGUGGUCAAGGGGAGUAAGCCAUCCUUUAUUUGCAGAAAAGUUUGAAAACUCAACAACAAAGCUGACCCCUAGAUGGCAAACAUUUUUUAAAAAGGCUUCACAACUUUGUUAAAAAAUAAUGUCUCACUGUACCUCAGCCUCAGCUUGUUCUUAAUUUGUUUCUGACAUCUGGCCAAUUUUAAGGCAUAAAAUCAUGCUUAUAAAAAAAGUGUUUAGGGUUAAACCUUUAAUUGUUUUUGGUGUUAUUGAUAGUACUUAUCAUUUCGCUCAUAACAGCUAAUGUUUGCAUUUGAGUCUGCUGCAUCUGUAACAUGAAUUGCUGCUGUUGCUGCAUCAUAUUUUGCAUGAAGGUCUGUUGACCCUCCAUCAUUUUGGACAAAUUCUCCCUUGCUAAACGCCUUUCAUUCAACUCUUCUUUUUUCAACUCUCUUUCUUGAUUUGCAUUUUCCUGCUUAAACUUUAGCCCUUGCUCUAUGAGUACAACUGCCUCAAACGCCUUUUUC